AAAAUUCUCCUUACCCACCAAGAGUCUACACCGGCACCUUUAUCGAGGGGAAGAGAGAGAGAGAGAGAGUCAUUUCCCGACAAUCGUCGACGAAGGAAGUCAGAUUCCUACGACAAAUGACGGACCAGAAUUCUGAAGACGGGCUUCCGCCGGGUUGGACCGUGGAGGUGAGGGUGAGAAAGAACGGCAGAAGAGAUAAGUAUUACUUUGCCCCCUCAAGCGGACUGAAAUUCGAUUCCAGGGCAAAGGUGUUUCGCUAUCUGAACACUCCAGAAGUCCGAAAUCCUAGGCCAAGACAGAACAUAAAAGGCACCCGCAAGCGAUCUGCAAAAAAGGUUUUAGUUGAGAAAGCUAUAGCAGAAGGGUUACCUCCAGGAUGGAUCAAAGAAGUCAAAGUAACAAAAAAGGGUCGUAAGACCAGAAGAGAUGCGCUCUACACUGAUCCUGUCAGUGGAUAUAUCUUUCGCUCAUUGAAGGAUGCUUCUCGCUAUGUUGAAACUGGGGAAUUGGGUAGGCAUGCGUACAAGCCGAAGGACAUGGGUAUAGUUGGUGUGGAGUUGGAAGAUGAUAACAUCUCUUCACCUGCUGUUGCAAAGAAGCAGAAACCAGAACCCAGCAGCACAGAGGAACAGAAAAUUUGCGAUCAGAGCCCAAAGUUGGAUGAGAAGGUGCAGUAUGAACAGAUACUUAAAUCUGUCCUCUCUGAAUGCACUUCUGAUCAGUGAAACAUAGGUCUAGGAAGUUGUGUCAUGGGUGCCUUACUCCAGGUGCCAAUAUUAAGAUGUCGCAUCUGAUAUGUAUUCACGACAUGCAGCAGGAAGGCCUGAUUUCAGCAGCCUGUUCUAGCAUUCUUCAGCAGUAAGAAGUCUAAAAUGCUAAUGCAGAAUUACAACAGCAAGAUUCUGAAUUUCUGAACGCCAUCUAAGGUUAUCUGCUAAUUGUUCAUUUCUAUGCUGCGUAUGUAUUGUGUAAAACCAUUUGCGGCUUACGGCUCAUAGCUGACGAAAAGUCGCAGAGAUUGCAUUUGAUGCAUUCUCCCCCAUCAAUGCACUACGGAGUUUGUUUCUUUGAUAAUCGAACGUUACUCUCCUCGACUCCUUGUUAUCUUCAACUUCAUGUUCUUCUCCUGUAGUUCCUCAUUAUUAAUAAUAAAACAAGUCUCAGACUUUGUAA